AUGGGUUUCAAGAGGUAUGUGGAGAUUGGGAGGGUGGCGCUCAUCAAUUACGGGAAGGAUUACGGAAAGCUCGUGGUGAUCGUCGAUGUCGUUGAUCAGAACAGGGCUCUUGUUGAUGCUCCAGAUAUGGUGAGGAGCCAGCUGAACUUCAAGAGGCUUACACUCACCGACAUCAAGAUUGACAUCAAUAGGGCUCCCAGGAAGAAGAAUUUGAUUGAAGCGAUGGAGAAAUCAGAUGUUAAGGGCAAAUGGGAGAGCAGUUCCUGGGGAAGGAAGCUCAUUGUUCAGAAGAAGAGAGCAUCACUCAAUGAUUUUGACAGGUUCAAGGUCAUGUUGGCUAAGAUCAAGAGGGGAUCACUAGUCAGGCAGGAACUUGCAAAACUCAAAAAGGAGUCGGCUUAG